GAUGACACAGUUGUUCCCCCAGCCCUGCGGGGCGGGCAGCAUGGUUCACUCCAGCAUGGGGGCUCCAGAAAUAAGAAUGUCUAAGCCCCUGGAGGCCGAGAAGCAAGGUCUGGACUCCCCAUCAGAGCACACAGACACUGAAAGAAAUGGACCAGACACUAACCAUCAGAACCCCCAGAAUAAGACCUCCCCAUUCUCCGUGUCCCCAACUGGCCCCAGCACCAAGGUGGGCAUUCUCUCUGGCCUCCACUUAACAUUCUGGGGUCCCGGACCCUGCCUCUCUCCCCCCCAGAUCAAGGCUGAAGACCCCAGUGGCGACUCAGCCCCAGCAGCACCCCCGCCUCCCCAGCCGGCUCAGCCGCAUCUGCCCCAGGCCCAACUCAUGUUGACGGGCAGCCAGCUAGCCGGGGACAUACAGCAGCUCCUCCAGCUUCAGCAGCUGGUGCUUGUGCCAGGCCACCACCUCCAGCCACCUGCUCAGUUCCUGCUGCCACAGGCCCAGCAGAGUCAGCCAGGCCUGCUACCGACGCCAAAUCUCUUCCAGCUACCUCAGCAAACCCAGGGAGCUCUUCUGACCUCCCAGCCCCGAGCCGGGCUGCCCCCACAGGCCGUGACCCGCCCCACGCUGCCCGACCCGCACCUCUCGCACCCGCAGCCCCCCAAAUGCUUGGAGCCACCAUCCCACCCCGAGGAGCCCAGUGACCUGGAGGAGCUGGAGCAGUUCGCCCGCACCUUCAAGCAACGCCGCAUCAAGCUGGGCUUCACACAGGGUGAUGUGGGCCUGGCCAUGGGCAAGCUCUACGGCAACGACUUUAGCCAGACGACCAUCUCCCGUUUCGAGGCCCUCAACCUGAGCUUCAAGAACAUGUGCAAACUCAAGCCCCUCCUGGAGAAGUGGCUCAACGACGCAGAGACUAUGUCUGUGGACUCAAGCCUGCCCAGCCCCAACCAGCUGAGCAGCCCCAGCCUGGGCUUCGACGGGCUCCCUGGCCGGAGACGCAAGAAGAGGACCAGCAUCGAGACAAACGUCCGCUUCGCCUUAGAGAAGAGUUUUCUAGCGAACCAGAAGCCUACCUCAGAGGAGAUCCUGCUGAUUGCAGAGCAGCUGCACAUGGAGAAGGAAGUGAUCCGCGUCUGGUUCUGCAACCGGCGCCAGAAGGAAAAACGCAUCAACCCCUGCAGCGCAGCCCCCAUGUUGCCCAGCCCGGGGAAGCCAGCCAGCUACAGCCCCCAUCUGGUCACACCCCAAGGGGGCGCCGGGACCUUGCCAUUGUCCCAAGCUUCCAGCAGUCUGAGCACAACAGUUACUACCUUAUCCUCAGCUGUGGGGACGCUCCACCCCAGCCGGACAGCCGGAGGGGGUGGGGGCGGGGGCGGAGCCGCGCCCCCCCUCAAUUCCAUCCCCUCUGUUACUCCCCCACCCCCGGCCACCACCAACAGCACAAAUCCCAGCCCUCAAGGCAGCCACUCGGCUAUCGGCUUGUCGGGCCUGAACCCCAGCACGGGGGAAAGAAGACAAGGACUCUUCAAGAAUAAGAAGGAGCCGCGAGGUGGAGCCAAGCCCCUGCGCCAGUGGUCCAGGCCCUUGGUCCCCAAGGCGGAUGGAAGGACAGACGCUUCUUUCUCUUCACAAAUACCUCAUGGACGUCGUCUUCGGGAAAGCCGGAGGGGGAGGCUGGGGCAGGGCCUGUCCCUCAGCCAGGGCGGAUGGAAGCGGGUGGGCAGGGCGGAGAGAGGGGGGGCAGGGGCAGGGGUGGAGAGCCCCAAGCUCCCUGCCCCCCAAUCCAUUGAAAAAGCUUUAAAAAAAAAAAAAAACGAAACAGGAAACAAGGAAUAAGAAAGCAAAAAGAAUGGACGAAGGAAAACGAACAAACUUUCGGGUGGUUUGAUUCCUCCUUUGAUUUCUUUUUCUGUUCUCUUCAGUCUGUUCUCUGCUCCUCCCUCUCCCUCUUCCUUCGCUCUUCUCUCUCGCGCCUCCCAGUCUCCCGUCUUUCUGUGUCUCUCCUCAAACCAAAGUGUUGCUGUGAAGGACUCGAGCCAUUGAAAUCAGAGGCCUGGCCCCCGCUGGGCAGAGCAGCCGGGAGCCCGGAGCCCGGAGCCCCAAGCCAGCCGCGCUGCUGGCCGCUCCGAGGAGAGGCGGCCCCCGCGCUGGGCCCCCACCUCCCCAGGCCUCAGAGUUCUUUCUUUCUUUCUUGUCUCCCUUCUCCCACCCGGGAAAUGAAACUGUUGGGCUGGGCCACGGAGACAGCAGAGACUUGGCUGUUUUGGGGGUCUCGGGGUGCCUUGUCUGGGCAGCCGUGGAGUGGCCGCCCCUCCCGCCCUGGCACUGAUGGGGCCUGGCAUGCCGUCGACCCAUCCUCGCCAGAAUGUAAGCAUCUCCGCUGAACCGACUCCCUGCCCUUACCCUACCUCUGAGUUUGUCCAUUUUUAUUUCCUGAAGAGAAGGGACUGGCGAGAGGGCCUGGGCCCCUGCCCAAGGGUGGAGAGGGGGCCAAGGGCUCCUGAACAGAUAGGAAAGACAUUUGAGCAGAGCAAAGUGAAAGGAAUUACGACCAAAUACCCCUCCGAGAAGACAGGCAGCAUGGAAGGCAUGGUGGAGAUGACUCAGAAACUAUGAUUCUAGACCAAAAAACAAAACAAAAAAAAAAACAAAAAAGAAAAAAAAAGAAAAAAAAAGGAAAGAAAAUCCAGGACUCACCACCACCCACUUCAUCCUGCUUCCUCCCCAUCAAGUCCUGCCACUGGGGACCUCUCCCGCACCCCGCACCCCGCACCCCUGUGUGGGGGGAGUGGGGCAGAGAGGAGAGGAGGAAGCAGGGGCAGGGAUGGGGCCGAUGCCCUGACAUUGGUGGAGGGACCCCCGUGCAGCCGGGGGUGGGGGGACUCUCCCCAUCCAACCCCCAUAACUGGGAAAAGAAAAACAAAAAAAAGAAAGAAAAUUCCUGGGAGGGGAAAAAUAACCAAAUCCCAAGCUUUAACUACAGCUGUGAAACCAAA